UCUGGAAAUGGAGCGCGGCCUGCUGUAACUCAGGGCCGGUCACAGAUCAGGGGCGGCCUCAGUGUGUGGGAGGGUGGCAUUGGAUCAGAGGCUGCAGCCAUGCUGUCCGGGGCGCAGCCGUGCUUCCAGCUGCUGCGGAUCGGCCUGUCCACGGGCGACUCGGCGAGGGAUCUCUACACCUUCCGGCCGGCGCUGACCCAGUCCGUGUUCCGGCUGGGUCGGGCCGCGGAGCUGUGCGACGUCACGCUAGAGUCGAACUCGGUGUCUCGCAUCCACGCCGAGCUGCACGCCGAGAAGGAGGCGAGCGGAGGAGAGGGGGAGUCGCUGCAGCAGGAGGAGGGCUGGAGGGUCCACAUCAAAGACAGGAGCAGCCAUGGAACGUGGGUGAACGACGUGCGCCUCCAGCCGGGCGUCCUGUGGGAGCUCUCCGACGGCGACACGCUGACCUUUGGAGGGCAUUCGCCUCCGGGGAGCCCAGAGUUCUACUUCCUCUUCCAGAAGGUCAAAGUUCGCCCGCUGGACUUCGAUGCCAUCACAAUCCCAAAGAACCGGAUCAGNGGAAUGUUUUCCUCCGACUUGCAGAACCGGAUCAGAACCAACUUGGACCGAAAGUCAGUUAAAAACCUGGACCUUUCUGAGAUGUCCAUCAACCGGGCCACAGUCAUCCUGAACUCCAUCGGCAGCCUUAGUAAGAUGAAGGGCAGUGCCUGGACCUUUAAGCGGAGCCACAGCCAUGAGGGAACCGUUUCUGACCCGGGAACCCCGUCCUCCUCCUCCCCUGUGGGCUUCUCCUCCCUGAUUCCUCCCUCCACUCCUUCCUUCUCCUCCACCACCUCGGCACCUUUGACCAAACCCCUCCAGACGGCGUCCAGGAGCAGGAGGAAGUCUGCGCACACGGUUCUCCUGGAGGACGACAGCUCAGAUGAGCCCAGGAGUCGAGGAGCUGUGACAGGAGGAGUGGUGGAGGAUGUUCAGAGAUCACGACCAAAGAAGAGGCGGAGGCUCUAUAGAUCUGAGUCGGACGGUUUCAGCUCUCCUGCCCCUCCCCCCGUACAGACUAAGAACCACAGCGACAUCCGGCGUCCUCUGGAGGCCAAACCUUUCCCAGUGGGCAUCAGAACCAUCGGCAGCUUCCACGGCGCCAUGACCAACAGCCGGCUGAACCAGCAGCUGCUGCAGUCCUCCUUCACCAGUGUGGUUCCUCGCAGGCAGGGGGAGGUAGAAACCUCGCACCGGGUCAAAACCGUGGUAAACGGAAACAUGGCUGCCUUCCGCCAACAGAAAGCCGCCCAUGGUACGCCGACAGCGCAGAGGGGCAGGCGGAGGGCCAACAGCUCGCCGGUCUUCUCUCCCCUUGUGGUGGGAGGAGAGAACUACAGCCUGGCGUCGCCCACCGUGAGGAUCAGAACCGACGAGAGAGGGAGGGUCCAGUACAACCGAUUCCAUCAUCAGACAGCUAAACGGCGCGGUCGGCCCAGAAAACACCCCCUCCCUCCUCGGCCCUCCCUGCCCUCUCCCUCCUCCUCCUCCUCCUCAUCCACCUCUUCGGCCUCCUCUUCCUCCGGCUCCUCCUCGUCCUCCUCCGAAGAGGACGAUGAAGACGAGGGCGCGGCGGUGAGCGCGGUGGAGCCGUGCGCCGCCCUGCGGUGCCGGCUGCCGCAGCAGGACACGGUGCAGUGGAUCCAGUGCGACGUGUGCGACGCCUGGUACCACAUAGACUGUCUGCACGUGGACCGCAAGAAGCUGCUGAUGGACCCCAACGCCGACUUCCACUGCGGCUGCCGCUGACGGAGACCCGGGGCGCCGCCAGGACUUUUUUUUUACCCUCAAAUAUUGAACUCCUUUAAUUAUAAAAAACAUGAAAUGAAAAGCGGCUCUUCUGCAUAAGCAGGCAGUCAUGAUUCCUUCCCCUCUAAAGCCUGAGAUGCUCUCUGAGGCUUCAGGAGAGGAAACUAAUGAAAUGUCUGCCUGGAUGUCAUUAGUAGCAGAGGGUUCACUACUGCUGACCAGAUCUGCGUUCAGGAAGAUUAAUGAAAUGUUUUUAACAAAAUAAACUCCUCUGCAGAGAUGGAGGCACCUCAGAUGAUCAGACAUUCCCGGGUGGAAGCAGCGAGCCGCUGCAGCUGCUGAAAGGUCCUCUCAGGACGAUCAUCAGAUGUUUGAGAGCACUUCUGCAGGAGCAGCUGCAGGAUUUAAAGAGGAUUGGAUUUUUUAUUAAAAUGCAAAGCUGCAGCUGAAAUAAUAGAAGAUAAAAACUAAUUGGAGAUGCUCUCCUCUGGGUCUGAUGGGUCAGGUGUUAAUGUCAGAGAUUCUUCUCACCUGUUUCUACCUUUACUUCUCCUCACACUACUGAAACUUUAGCCAAAGUUGCUCUGUUUUAUCUUGAAUGUAUACAAACUUCCUCUUAUGUCAUAAUCUUUACUCCACUUUUCUCUUCUGCUAAACUUAUCUGGGAGGAAGGUUCGUCUACCAGGGUUUCUUACAAAAAAAAAAAAAAAAAGAGAGAAAAUGUUGGAAAAAAAAAAGCAUAAGCUUAAAAGAGAAAAAUAAAAAAAUAUAUAUUUUUAAUGUGGCUGCGGAUCGAACCGCAUCCAGUUCACCGACGUUGAUUUUAUCUGUUAAAUUUUAAAAUUCUGUUUCUCAGACAAUAAGAAGCAAAAUGAAGUUUAUAUUAAUAGUUUGCAGGUUUAAAAUCAGCAGAUUUUUUUUUUAUUAUUCCUAAAUAUCUGUUGAGAAUAAAUUAUUUAGUUGCCAAAAGGCUUAAAACGAAUCAGUUUAGUUUCACUAACGUAUCAGAAAAUAGGUUUUAAAUGAGUUGCAAUGAACGUUCAGACCUCACUCCAAACGUCUCCGGUCGCUCAGACGGUGCUGAAACACGUCGGUGUUUCUCUUCAUCCUCCACUGAUCUCACUUUGUUGGUUUGUAGUUGAAUGCAGCAGUCGUGUUUUGCUGCAUUUUGAUUUUUCAGACAUAUAUAAGUAUUUCUAGGUGCGCUUAGAGCUGUUAUGUAAACGCACCUUCACCUGCAGCUGAUUUCUCUCCCUAAUGUGGUAAAUUUGACUGUUAUUGAUCCCUUUCUGUUUUUUUUUU